CCGGGAGUCUAACCUGCUUCCAAUGCGGCCAGGUUCUGAAAGUGAUGGCGGGGGAGGAUCCUUUGUACAAACACGUGGAUCUCUACCGGAACUGCAGCCAUGCCUGUAGAAUGCUGGGAAGGCGACCUAGAUCGGGGGGAGACGUGGCUCCACUGAUACUGUACCAAGUAACUGGUCCCUGGUCUCCUUUGCGCUGCGACAUAUUCCUUGAAGUAGGAGACGAAAAGAAAGAGACUCACGACGUUUAUGCAGAGUGACGACCGUCAGAGCCAGCCAACUUCCCACUUCGUCAACACUGUUCAACACGUAAGCUUUGUAAACAGUGGCGCUACGGGGUUAUUGUACACACCAAAAAAGCAACACAGACAGUAGAGAAAGUUCAAACAUGACCUUCAAAUCUGAUUCAAAGAAGAAACAGGAGCGUUCAGAACAUAUUCAAGGUCUGCUGCCGGAGAGUCGCGUGAACAUCUUUAAAAUACCAUCUAUUGUUUUUUACUUCGUGCAAUGCAUAGCUGUACAGUUAUACAGAAGUGUAGUUUCUGCCACUGAGGAUUCGCAGAUGGCAGAUUACUGUGAAGAAGACAAUACUCUACAUGACGCAUCUUCAAAACCGAAUAGGCUUUACAGAGAAAUCAAUGAAGAUGGUACACUGGUGAAAGUUCUGAGCAAAAUACUAUACAUCGACAGGCACUUUGACAUACCAUUUACAGGAGCAUAUUUUGUGGACAGUGUGCUACCCAUUUUGGAAAACGAAAGCAAUCCUCUUGAAGCCCUUGCUGAACAUUCAAAGGGACAUCCUGAAGGCACCAGGGAGUGGCUUCGGGAAUCCAUAAAACAAAGGAGUGAAGUAUUGUCAUUUCAUGGUUUUAAAUUUUCUGAGUUACUAACGGUUAGAAUAAAUAGUAUUGAAUAUGAAUAUAUGGCACCAACAUUUGGUCAAAAUGCAGAGCCCUGUCUUGUUGAUUUGAAACGUUUUCAAGAGAAAUUAACAACGCUUUGUGGGACAAGAAUGUCUUAUACCGAAUUGCCAGAUAAAGAUCUGAGUGAUGUCUUGCAACGUGAACAAUACCAACAAAUUUUGAAAACAUUAAAUCACCUGGAACAUUUAUUGGAAUAUAGGCCACCGAUAGAUGUCAGCACUGGUCAUCCAGAUGAGAGUAAGAUGCAAUAUCUGUGCAAAACGUUGGAAAGGUUUUUAUUGCAAAGAAUAGAGAUUGAAAGUCAAAAUCAAUUAAGUUCACCCUUCAUUACACUGCGUGAUUAUUUCGAAAAAUUGGCGAGGAGAGAAGCAGUAGAUACGGAGGAAGAAAUGCGACAUGAAGGUUUGAGGUUUGCAUCCUUCAAUAGAAUAAACGUCAACACUUCAUCCCUCCGUCUGGCGGCAGCAGGGUUCUACGCUACAGGAGAUGGAGAUGAGACAAGGUGCUUCAGCUGUGGUGUGACACACAGGAACUGGACAGUCAAUGACAACCCAUUUGUUAUUCACAGUCAAAUUUCUCCAAACUGCAUCCAUACAGCUAGCACUGAUGAAAGGAAUGUUCCUAUUCAACUUCCAUCAGAUUAUGCAUCAGUCAAUUCACCAACAGCAAGCAGUGGUAGCACAUCAGGGGCGAAUAAGUCAGGAUACACACCUACCCAACUACAAGGGGCGGUUGGUAUAAACAUUAACACAACAACAGAAGAAAACAGUCAGAGUGUUGAUGAAAUACCGGAUGUUACUCCUGUGCAGACCGCUCAUUACAAUGAUGGGGGAUUGUCUUCAUCACAAACAUCGACGCUGAGGUUUGAGGAUGCCGUACAUCCUCACUACAGUAACGCUGCACUGCGUUUAGAUUCUUUUCAACUGUGGCCUGAAGGACACAGUCAACAUCCCGAAGAACUUGCCAGAGCAGGAUUUUUCUAUGCUGGUUACUCUGACUGUGUGCGGUGCUUUGUCUGCGGUGUUGGUCUGAGGACCUGGGAGGAGGGGGAUGACCCCUGGGUGGAGCACGUGCGCUGGAGGUCAUCAUGUGCCUAUUUAGAAGCAGCAAGAGGAAAGAACUUUGUCAUCCAGACACUGGCAGCCAUUGCGCGUUGCACACAGACAUCACAGUCUGGUGAAAAUCAUCAGAGUGCUCCCGAUACAAGACACAACUAUGAUACUUCAGAAGAAGAUGUUUUGAGGACUGGUGUGUGUGGGCGAGCCUUAGAGAUGGGUUUCAGCAGAGAACAAGUUAGGUCUGCAGCUCAGUCAACCAUUAACAGUAGAGGGAGACAAGCAUUAAGGCUAGAUGUUCUUCUUGAGAACAUAUUUGCAGCUGACGGAGAAUCAGAACAAGUACAAGCUAGUCAAGGUGGAUACUCUGAUGUAGAACACCACUCACAGGGACAGACUGGGCAAGAGGUGAAAGAGGUGUUGCGAAGUGGAGUUGGAAACAUGGAUAGCACAUCUUCAGAUAAAACUGUCAAUAACACAACAAGACAGGCUCACCUGCUCAGAUCACCAGCAGGCAAAACAGACAGUGGAUACAAAUCAUUACCCAUUGAGAACCAUGCCGGAUUGCCUCCUACACAGCAAACUUCGGGUAACUUUGAAACUGAACAUCCAUUUGUAAGUUCAAACAUCAAGUACAAUCUCGAAAUUGUAGCUCCAGAAUCACCAGGAGCAAAACCCGCUGUUUCCGAAGAGACAGAAAGACAAAGGCAAUCAGAUGCACCUGUGAAUAGAUUCUCAAGUUUGCCUACCAACCGACACGAAGUCAAGGGGAUUGAUAAAAUAAAGAAAAAUUAUAUUAAGAAAGGUAAAAGGAAGGAAGAGGUAAAAGCCACAGAGGAAGAGACACGGCAGCUGAGAGAGUCAAGUACAUGUAAGGUCUGUCUUGAGGACCCUGCCAACAUCGUCUUCCUUCCCUGUGGACAUCUGGUGGCUUGUGCCGUGUGCACACCUGCUCUAGAACGUUGUCCAGUCUGCAGGACACACAUCCGGGGGACCGUCCGUGUCCAUCUGGCAGAUAUGGCUUCUCGAGAGAAACAAAUUAACUACUAUGAUGACAGAGAGAAAAAAAUAUCUGUGCGUGGUGUUCCCAGUGACACUUCUGACAUGGACCAGUCCUCACUGGAUGAAAAAUAUAAAGAAUUUAUUAAAGAUUUGAAAUAUGGGUCAAUUGAUAGCAUGUUAGAAAGAUCAUAUGUUGUGACACCUUUUAUUUCUCUUCGUGAUCAUUUCACUGAAAGAGCAAGAGAUGAAGCAACAGCACCUGAUGAAGAAAUGAGGUUUGAAGGUUUGCGUUUGAAGUCUUUUGACCAAGUGAACAUGAACGUCUCAUAUCUUCAACUGGCAAAAGCAGGGUUCUAUGCUACAGGUGAUGGUGAUGAGACUCAGUGUUUCAGUUGUGGUGUCACCCACAAGAAUUGGCAUCCGAAGGACAACCCGCAUAACCUGCAUUCAAGGAAGUCUCCAAACUGCAUCCAUAUAACUGGCACUGAUGCAAGAAAUGUGCCUAUUCACAUGCCAGCAGUAAGUGAUGGAAGUCAUGCGCCACAAGUCAGAAACUGGAGUACUCAUGAGACCCAGCAGCUUAAAGAGUCGAGUGUGUGUAAGGUCUGUCUGGAGCGCCCUGCCAACAUCGUCCUCCUUCCCUGUGGACAUCUGGUGGCUUGUGCCGUGUGCACACCUGCUCUAGAAUGUUGUCCAGUCUGCAGGACACAUAUCCGGGGGAAAGUCUGUGUCGAUCUGGCACUUAUGGUUUCCCGAGAGAAAGAAAUUGAAUAACUCAAUGUGAACUGAAAUCAAAAUCAAAGGAUUUCUGCACUUAAUUUAUGUCGUCUUAAUCACCUUUGGGAAUGUCUCAUUUGCUCACCUGCCAUCGAACGUUGUCCACUCUGCAGAACCCACAUCAUAUGGCAGAGAGUGUUUCUGAAGUGCAUAUGACACUACCGUAUCUACGGGUUGGUGAUGAAAUAACGACAAUGCCACCUUUGAUCUAGCUAUUUUAGUUCUGUUCUUUUUGACAAAAUCAUUCAGAUAGAAAUGAAGAAUUUGUCAAUAGAUUUGCAUGAACAGUGAGCAGAGAAAAUAGAAUACACUUUGUCUCAUAUACCACAAAACCCCUUUAGCAUAUGCAUACCUGGUAGUUGUCAUCUGACACAUGUGGCACCAGGAUAUGGUGUUAAUAUUCAUAUUUUGAUUGCUGGAAACAAACUAGGAUUGUGAACAGUGUCAUCUUUUCUAUGUACUUACAUUAUAUGAUUUGCUUAUCAUACAAACAACAAGGGGGUACGGGUGGCCCAGUCGUAUAAGGCGCCGCGAGUCGCUGUGCAGAGAAGCGUCCCUUGAUUGUUGGGUCGAAUUCCGGUUCGCCCUGAUUAUGUUUCUGGGUUUGUCAGCACCAUA